AUGGAAGGGGUGCUCCCUGCCUUUCUGGGACUAUUCCGUCUCUCUCCCCAAUUUUCUGCCUGCCUUAGAGCUCCCCCUUGGGGGUCCCAUCUGGGUCUUGGGCCUAUGCUCUACCCUUUCAUUAUCUUGCCUUGUAAACAACUUGAAGAAUCACCAUCAGAAGGAAGAAAAAAAAGACCUGUGUUUGACCCUCUGCUUCCUGUAGCCAAGACCCACGGAUGUGUAGUCUUUGCCAGCUGUUUUGCUCCCUCACCUGGUUCCAUUCACACCUGGCACGUUGGCCUCCAGCCGCCACUCUCCACUGAUGACCCUCCAUCACCAAAGUCUCCUCAGCCUCCUCAGCCCUUCAUCUCUCAGCGACCUUUGGCCCCAUCCGCCCCUUGA